CUUCCCCUGGUGGGGCUCGAGUAUUUACAACCAAAUGAUCGGAAGCCUGUCCGACGCCGCUGGCCACCGCGGACAGGCAGCCAGGGAGUCGGGCCGUCGUGGUGCGCAGCUUCGCCCGAAGGAGCACCUGUGCGCCUCUCCUCUCCGCCGGCCACAGUCAUGCAUGUUGAGUAGAUGGCUUCAGGGUCGGCUUUAGUGGUCAGUCUGUCCUAAAAGCAGCCGGAGUGUCGUGGGGGAUGUGGGGGCGUCUUGCUGCUGUCAGACAGGACGUAGGGGAGGGUCUAUCGGAGCAGGAUUACCCGACCAUUUUUGGCAGCGAACGAUUACAUAGACUACACCUCGCCCCCCUCCCUGCCCGCGAGGAUCCAUUUAUGCAGCUCCUGCUGAGCAACCUAUGAAUGCCAAUUAUAAAUAGAACAGAUAACCCUAAGGCGCGGUGUCUGUCUGCAUUUGUCUGAGAGAACAAGAGAGGGAGCAGCACAAAUACCGCACAGCCAGACAUCAUGCAAGGAGAAACCUCCCCUCGCUGCAGAGUGCUGAAAUGUUAGGACUGAAGAAAGAGUGUGUCCGAUCAAAUCAGCAGACUAUUUACAUUAGGGGGUGCGAUAAGAGCUGCUUGACACUAGAUUCACUAGCACCCUGCGUGUGGUUUAGGGCCCCUGUCAGUCACGGCCAAGAAAACCAAGACAAGACGCGUUAACUCAUCUUCAUCAGCACCUUUUUUUCCCCGUCAGAUUCAGCAAUCCAGAAACGAGCCGAGAUGGAGUGGUCCCUAGAGAGCGUGAGGGAGAUGGUGGCCGGAGGGAUGCAGUCUAUAAGGGAGUGUGAGAUCUGUGCUUUUGCCAUAGCCAUGUGUGUGCUGCUGCUGUUUAUGUGGUAUUGUUACAGGGUGGGCCGGGAGCAUGGUUCCAGCCCCUUGCGUGGGAGGUAUCUGGCAGGGCCUGGCCGGAUUGGAGGGGUGGUGGGGGGCUUCAUGAGCUCAGACUGUCGUGGCAGGGGGAAAGGGAAACAUGGAUCAAUGCUAGAGGAGCAGAACGGCUUCGCUUUCUGCCAGUCGUCGGAGUGUUUCCGCUGUACCAGCGCUGGAGAAAGUCUGAACCAGAGGCUCUAUCACAGCCUGCAGGAUUACGCAAAGCGCUACACGUGGUCAGGUAUGGGCAGGGUGCAUAAAGGGGUCCGUGAUCAAGGCCGAUACCUUAACAGCCGACCAACCAUCCAGAGACCGGAGGUCUUCUUUCUCCCCGACCUACCGUCAGCCCCUUUCUUCUCCAGGGAGGUCCAGAGACACGACGUGGAGCUGCUGGAGCAGAGCUUCCCCGCCCUUCUGGCCGAGUUUGAGAGCAUUUACCACCAGCCUCCGGCCCGCAGCGGGUCCUCCCUCCCGCCGGGUUGGAAAGCCAACAGCACUCCUCGUGGGCAGUGGUGGACCUACUACCUGGUCAAUCAAGGCACCCCUCUGGUUCUUAAUGUCAGGAGAUGUCCGCGGGCAUGGAGGGUGCUGGGACAGCUGCGCACCUUCAUCGCCAACAACGUGUUCGGCAAUGCCUGCUUCUCUGUGCUGACGCCUGGAGCUCUGAUCACUGAGCAUUACGGUCCAACAAAUGUCAGGCUGCGCUGCCACCUGGGCCUCAGAGUGCCCUCUUCCUGUGAGCUUGUAGUUGGUGGAGAGCCACAGUGCUGGUCUGAGGGCAGCUGUCUGCUUUUUGACGACUCCUUUCUCCACAGGGCCUUUCAUGAGGGCGGCGCAGAGGAUGGCCCCAGGGUGGUCUUCAUGGUCGACCUCUGGCACCCCAACGUGGCCGCUGCCGAGAGACAAGCCUUGGACUACAUUUUUACUCCAGGCCGUUUAGAGGACAAGGAAGGGAACUCAGCUAUUGAUGCUGCUGCUCCAGCUGCUCUCCCUCUCCCUGGCGUUCCUCUACCUCUCGUGGCUCGUCCUCCACUCCUGCUGCCACUACAGCUUCCCUGUCUCUCUGACUGGGGAGACUGGGUGCAAAAUCGUCAUCAUCAGUAACCGAAGAAAAAAGCCAGUUACAUAAUUAAAUUGCAAGGUAAACCUGUGUGGAAAACAUUAUUCCCCGAUCCACUCAGGUUCGGCAACAUGUCAACAGCUGCCCUACGCUGAGGUUAGAUUUAUUCAAGCUAACGUUAGCUCAAAGUGAGGGUGAGGGUUGAAACUUGGUUGUGAUUGGCCAGUGAGCACAGUCCUGGAACACACGCGGCACGCUCUCAUGCGCACCCUGAAUGACAGGUACACGGAGUGGGCCAGUAAAGAGGCAGACAGGGCAGUUAAAAGAAAAAUUACAGAUUUUUUGAGGUCCACUGGCCCAAUGGCCAGUCCGACUAUGGCACAGGGGAAGGGGAGCAGGGAGGAGAGACCAAAGAGUGCAUUUCCUUAUUUCUUACAAUGGGGUUGGACACCCCAACUUUCUGGUAACAUGCUGCCCCUUGUUUGUUUGGAGUAUGACUUCGACAUUGGCCAAUUCUUACACAUUGCCCCUUUAAUUGUUCAACAGCACUUCAUGGAGAUACACUGUGCACAGUAUAAAAGGUAAUGAAAAUUAAUCUUCAGCAGCUUCCAUCUGUUCAAUUCUGAUGUUUACAAAAGUACAAUCAUUUUACAAGCUGUUUACAACAUUGGACGACACUGACACUCACAUUGAGCUGUUCAUAAUUAGAUUUAAAAUCAAGAGCGAUGUUAAUCCACUUUAGAGUAUGAAAACUGUCAUUUCCAAAGCAUUUGCUUUAAUUCUACAGUAUAUGAUGGGGCAACCAUUUUGUUUACAUUUGGAUUAUGGAUUUGUCCUUUACCACAUUCUUGUGUGGAUUUUGAACAGUAUUUCUGUACAUUUAAUAAAUGGUCAAGUAUCUUAUUUAA